GCGCUCUCUCUCUCUCUCUGCUCCGUGCCCCGUGUCUAACCCCCAUUCCACUCCUUAAUUCCUUUUCCCACUGUCUCAUCUCCCCUCCCCAGGACGAGGCCCAAGCUGCGUACAUACCUUCCGAGUUUGAACAAAAACACGUCAAGGCCCAUCGCUCCUCUCAAAUUCUACACAAGAUACCCUGUAAUUUGACCCCUCUUUCUGAAAAUUGCAUUCAAUUCGUCUCAGAAAAUGGCCUCCAGGUCAUCUAAUCAGCACCAACCCGCACUCUCUUCCCUCGGAAAGACGUCAGGGGAGAUCAACGGUGAGCGACAGCCGCUGCUUAUUAACGGGGAGCAACAUUUCGAAAGCUUCUCUGUUCUCGCUGCAGUCCUCCCAUUUCUAUUCCCGGCUCUUGGAGGAUUUCUGUAUGGCUAUGAUAUUGGUUCCACGUCUUGUGCUACAAUAUCUGUAGAGUCAGCUACAUUAAGCGGGAUUACAUGGUACAACUUGUCUUCUGUGGAAAUUGGUCUCAUAACUAGUGGUUCCUUGUAUGGGGCUUUGAUCGGCUCUAUCUUGGCUUUCAAUGUUGCUGAUUUUCUAGGAAGAAGAAGAGAGCUGAUGGUGGCUGCAAUAUUGUACCUUGUUGGAGCUGUGGUUACAGCACUGGCGCCUUACUUUGUUAUUAUGGUGGUUGGACGUUUUGUCUUUGGUAUAGGAAUUGGAUUGGCAAUGCAUGCUGCUCCAAUGUACAUUUCAGAGACAGCUCCAAGUCAGAUACGAGGCCGACUAAUUUCUCUGAAAGAGUUUUUUAUAGUCCUUGGGAUGGUUGCAGGUUAUACAUUUGGCAGCCUUUUGGUUGAUACGGUUUCAGGUUGGCGCUACAUGUAUGGGGCUAGUACCCCUGUAGCAGUAAUUAUGGGAAUUGGAAUGUGGUGGCUGCCUUCAUCUCCUAGAUGGCUACUUCUAUGCGCAAUACAAGGCAAAGGCAGUGUGCAGGAUUUAAGAGAGACAGCUAUAUCUUGCUUGUGCCGGCUACAGGGUAAAGCUGUUGGCAAUUCAUCUUCUGAACAAGUGGAUGAAAUUCUGGCUGAGCUUUCUUAUAUGGGUGAUGAAAAAGAAGCUAAGAUAGCAGAUAUGUUCCAUGGAAAAUGCUUAAAAGCCCUUACUAUUAGUGCAGGAUUAGUCUUAUUUCAGCAGAUAACAGGGCAACCUAGUGUACUAUAUUAUGCUGCAUCAAUCCUUCAGAGUGCAGGAUUUUCUGCCGCAUCUGAUGCAACAAGAGUCUCAAUUCUUCUCGGAUUGUUGAAGUUGAUUAUGACUGGAGUAGCUGUUUUGGUUAUUGAUAGACUUGGGAGGAGACCAUUAUUACUUGGAGGCGUCUCUGCUAUGGUAAUUUCAUUAUUCCUCCUGGGAUCAUACUACACCUUUCUGGAUGAUGCACCAGUUAUGGCUGUUGUUGCAUUGCUAUUGUAUGUUGGAUGCUAUCAGUUGUCAUUUGGUCCCAUUGGUUGGCUGAUGAUUUCUGAGAUUUUCCCGUUACGCAUGCGAGGGAGAGGAUUAAGUAUAGCAGUGCUUGUAAAUUUUGGGGCAAAUGCAAUAGUGACGUUUGCGUUUUCUCCUCUAAAGGAAUUGCUGGGAGCUGGAAUUUUGUUUUUCAUCUUUGGAGGAAUAGCUGUUUCAUCUAUUUUCUUCAUAUAUUUCAUUGUCCCGGAGACAAAAGGGCUUACGUUGGAGGAGAUCGAGGCCAAACUGCUUUAGUACUUUGAUAUGUAGGAUAGACGUCACUUUGAUAUUUUUUAACUAAAUUAGCAUCUGCUUGGAGAUGGCGAUAUUGAUGCUACUGUCUUUUUAGGAGUGUAUCAUAUGGAUGUGUAGUUUUAGAUAAGAUGAGGUCAACUAGCGACCAAAGUUUGACUGUUUUUUCUUUGUUUUAUCUUUUAUAUACACUAAAAUCACUAGAGGAAACAAAUACGUGUGUAUUAUGUCUGAUCUUGUCUCAAUUCUCUAUGCCGUCUUGGUUUUACUAC